AUGCACUUUAUUUAUGCACUAGUAACAUUUAUAUACAGGGAUGAAGCUGAUAAUAAAGACCCAAAAUUUGUCCUUUACAAGGGAUUGCGGAAGAAGUAUUAUGGUUCUGAGGAUUUGCUAGACGAGCAAAAAUUUAGUCAGAUGGUGAAGGAGAUGCCAACAUUUUUUGAGGAGGUAUCACAGGACGCUGCUAGUUUGAGACAGAGUGACGAUCUUCCAGAAUUUGUUACGCUAUCAAAUUUUAAUGAAAGGGUUAUUAAAGACGCUAGCAAGCGGUCGCCGAUAAUUGUCCAGCUAUAUGAAGACAACUGUUUCUUGUGCUUUUUGGUCCGGCCGUUUAUCAACUCUGUGCAUAACCACCUCAAGGAGGUCAACAGUCCGGUCAGAAUUAAGCGCUUGAACAUUCAGAUGAAUGACUUUCCCAAGGGAUGCCCAAUCACUAGGGCAACCCCGACAUUUGUCUUUUAUACCGGAGGCAACAACGGUGCUAAGUGGGAAGAGUUUAAACCACAAGAUUUUGUUAGGAAACUUUCAGAGGUGGCAAAAUUGCCAAAGGAUAGUGUAGAAUAUUUGGAAAAACUCGCAGAGGAUAUUUCCCAGAGAUUUGUAAUGUUUGGAAAGUUGGCACACUGGAUGUCUGAGUCACAAAUGAUCCAAGAACUUGUCUUUAGCUCUCAAAUUCCCGGCGAGGAGCCGCUAACUUCCAGCGAGGACAUGUACUCUAGAGCUCUCCGAAUGCUCAUGGAUAUGGAUGCGGACAGGACGGACAGUCUCGAGGAGAAUUUGGAGUACCUCAAGGGUGAAAUCAACUCUGCAGAACAAGACUGCAUUGCCAUGUCAGAAAUCUUAGGAAAGGAACUUGUAAAACAAAAUGUCUAA